ACUACCAUGUAAAUCUAGCAUGACCCUCUUUGUCUCUCUCUAUCUCUCUACAUUACAUAGAUGUAUAAAUUUUAACCCCUCACAUUGAAAUCUGACACACUUUAGCUCUGCAUGUCCAUAUUCUCUCCUCCAUAAACACAAAAAGCCUGCCAAAGUGAACCCCACAAGUUUGAAAUCUCAUUUAAUACCACAUUUGCACUUCCAUUUAUUAUUUAUGUAAGAUCUUCUGGACUAAGUACUAACAAUCAAUUUGUUUCCAUGCAACACCCUUCAGAAAAUGUCAAUUAUAUUUAAGCUGAAAUCAAAUGUAUAUACUUAGGAAGAUUAAGGUUUAAACUCUCUCUCUAUCCUGAGCCUUCUGAUGAGCUUUCUCUGACCUCAUAUUGAUCUCAUAUUUUUACUGAAUUGGUGACAACUUUUUUUGUUGUACUAUCUAGACAAGAGUCCUCACCGCUCAGAAUCCUCACACACACACAUAGCAAAAAGACACCAAAAAAAAGGAUAAGCUUCUUCAGUCCUUGAGAAAUCAUAUUCAGUUUUUAUUUUUAGAAUGUUAUAGUUUUCUGCUUCCUUAAAAUCUUCACUAGCAAUGAAGAUUGAGUUUGUCCAGUUUUUCACUUUACAUUACCAAAAGAAAGAACUAGGAAGAAUGGGAGUUCAGCAAAAGCUCAUUUCUUUCCUCUUUCAUACUUGUCUUGUUUUCAUUAUGUUUUCCCUUGUAAGCUCAUCACAAGAGCACCACCAAAUUACAAGCAGCCCUUCAAAAACCAAAGAUAGCAACCACAUUAAGAUGAGUCCUGGACUUCAGUUUCAGAUUACAUUACAUGGCUUUCUCCUGUGGGCUUCAAUGGGGUUCUUGAUGCCUGUUGGUAUACUUGCAAUUAGAUUGUCAAACAGAGAGGAGAGUCCAAAAAGGCAUAGAAUUUUGUUCUAUGGUCAUUCAAUUUUGCAGAUGAUUGCGGUGCUACUUGCCACAGCUGGAGCAAUCAUGUCCAUAAAAAAUUUCAACAACCUCUUCAACAAUAGUCAUCAAAGAUUAGGAGUUGCACUAUAUGGUGUUAUCUGGCUGCAAGUUUUACUUGGCAUUUUUCGACCACAAAGGGGAUCCAAAAGAAGUGUGUGGUUCUUUGCACACUGGAUACUUGGAACUGCGGUCACAUUCCUUGGUGUCCUGAAUGUAUAUCUUGGUUUAGGAGCCUACCACCAAAAAACAUCCAAAGGCAUAAAAAUUUGGAACAUACUUUUCACUGUUCAGAUAUCUUUGAUUGUGUUUUUCUACCUUUUCCAAGAAAAAUGGGUGUAUAUACAAAACCAAGGAGUGGUUUUGGGCAAAGAAAUAAAGGCUCCCAUUUGUCAAGAAAGUCGUCCAGAUGAAAAGGAGAAGGUAUUGAAGGGUGACACGUGUUGAGGAAGAUGAAACCAAUGCCUCACCAUAAUUGACCCUGACUUCUACAUAGGAUACAAGUGUUCAAAGAAUACAGAGUAGUGGUGAAUUUUUAUAGAUAAGAAAUAAUUUCUAUUGUUUUUGUCAGAAAUGGCAAAGCCAUUCAAAGAUGGUAAGUUACAUAUUUGGUGGCUUAUAUGUUUUUUGUUUGGUUAAGAUGCAAAUUCAAGAACUUAAAAUAUUAUUUCAUGGAGAUCCAAGAAAAUUAAGUAUCCAAUAUGUUGAUAUAUAUAUCUCUUUUUUUAGGUCCAUAAGGAUGUAGUAUGGAACAAAAAGUAAAUAAACGAGCAUCCAAGGUUUUA